AUGCGGCCCCACCCGCUUUGUGUGCCGGGGCCAGGACCCGGGGCUGAGGCCACGCUCGCCCAGCCCGGCCGGCUGCAGACGCUGUGUCCGCUCUGCGCGGUCAAGGGCGGCAGCAGCUGCUGGGAGGGAGCGACGCGCAGCCUCGGCGGCUGUUGGUGGCGGCGUGUGGUUGGCAUGGCCGCAGCCAGGAGCCAGCAGGGCGUGGGCCGGGGGCCCGGGGUGCUCAGCCGCCCCUCGCCCCGCCGGGGCCUGAUGCUGAAGGACGAGCGGCAGCGGCAGCUGGAGAGGGUGCGGGCUGAGCUGGAGGCCGAGCGACUCCGCGCCCGAGAGCUGCGCUGCCACUUCACCGCUGCACACCCGGGAGCUGAAGGAGGUGGCCGACGGCAGGCGCGGGAGCUGCAGCGGCUGCGGGAGCUCAUCCGGUGGCAGCGGGCGAUGCAGAUCCGCCAGCUGCUGCGCUCCAAGGAGGCCGAGCUGUGCCAGGUGCAGGGGAUGCUGCAGCAGCAGUGCGGCAACGCCGUCCGUGAGGCACGGGACCUGCAGCGGCAGCUGGCCAAGGAGCGCAGCGCAGCGCCAAGGAUCGCUGUGGGCACCCAGCAUGGAAUGAAGAACCAAACUGCUGUCAGAGAGUUCAUUCUCCUGGGAUUUUCCUAUGGGCUGCAGGUUCAGACGUCACUUUACUUUCUGGCCACCUACAUGGUAACAAUCACUGAGAAUGCCAUUAUUAUCUUUGUGGUGAAAAGGAACCGUCACCUCCAAAAGCCCAUGUGUUAUUUCCUGGGGAACUUGUCCUUCCUGCAGAUUUGUUAUGUCUCAGUAACACUGCCCAGGCUUUUGCUUGGGUUCCGGUCCCAGAGCAUGACCAUCUCAUUCUCCGGCUGCAUGACCCAGUUAUACUUCUUCAUCUCCCUUAUGUGCACUGAAUGUGUCAUCUGUGACCGCUAUUUGGCUGUGUGCCAUUCCCUGCGCUAUCCAGCCAUCAGGACGCACAAGUUGUGCCUUCAGCUGUUGAUUCUCCCAUGGGCAGGAGGCUUUUCCAUCUCCUUGGUCAAGGUGUCUUUAGUUUCACAACACGUCACGAACCACUUCUUUUGUGACAUCUCUCCCGUCCUGAGCCUUUCCUGCACUGACACGUCCCUUGCAGAGACAGUGCACUUUGUGUGAGCCUUGGUGGUCCUGCUGAUACCUCUCCUGAUCAUUGUUUUCUCCUACUGCUGUAUCCUGUCAACUAUCUUGUGUGCUUCAGUGCAGGGAAGGAGAAACGCCCUUUCCACUGGUACCUCCCAUUUGGCUGUAGUCAUGAUCGUUUUCUCGGCCACUCUCUUCAUGUACGCCAGGCCCAGGAGGAUCCAUCCGUCCAAACUCAACAAAACAGUGUCUGUCUUUUGUGCUGUGUUCACUCCAGCACUGAACCCUCUGAUCUAUUGUCUGAGGAACAAGGAGGUGAAAGAGAGUCUGAGAAAGACCACGGGCACAAGCUGCUUUGCACACCAGUAAGUUCUGAGGAUAAGGAUACGGAGGAACAUGAGAGGAGUGACAAGUGUCCUUCUUGAAAUGUGGUUGAGUAAACCUCUACAGCUUGUUCAUCACUGACUCCGUCAUCACUGACUCAUUGCACUGAAGCCCGGCAAGGAAGAAAUGGUAUGUGGAAAUGUCUCCUUCCCAUUCGUGAGCGCUGUGACGCUGAAUAUUCUGCUACAGUAUCAAUAAAAUAAGCCAUAAUAGGACUUUGGCUGAUGGAUUAUUUCCUUUUGAAAAUCCUAAGCCCUAGAUUUAUAGUUUUCAAAACCAUGUAGGAAUAUUGGAAAUUGAAAUAAAUAACUUUGGCUUUUUCUAUGGAUAAACAAUGUUUAAUCCAAUUCCUUAACUGUAUUCCUUAAACACGUGUUCAUUAGAGCAAAAGCAAAACAGCGCAGGGUGCGCGGGGGAUUCGCUCCGCCCAACACGCACACCUUUUAACAACAAGAGCUGUGCUUAAAUACAGUGAGGUGUUCCAUAUUCACAAUGACCCCAGGAACGCCUGUACAUAUUCAUAACCUUUCCCGCUUCUCAUUACAAGGAGUCUCGGAGAAGCAUUUCCAGUCUCCUCUUUGAGCCGCCCUGUUCGCCUGCGCUGUGUCACUUGGUGGUUUUGAGGAGGGUCUUUGGGGUCUUUGGAUGAGACUUCAUAAACAAGUCUCAUAACUUUUUACCUAGAACUUAACCACCUUUCCUUUUUCCAGCUUCAGAGCCCGAGCCUCAUUUGGUUACACCU